ACCCUUUGCUGACCUGCCCUCCUUGUCCUACAGAAGAGGACCCACAUCACCCCCGAUCACGGCCAGUCUGAAGUCGCCUCGUGGACCUGCGUACUCCACUCCCCAGUCCUCGCCGGACAGUGGCGGGGCGCCGAUCACCUUGGGCAGGAAGCGAGGAACUUCAGAGAGGAAGUAGAAGAUGAACAAGCCUUUGACACCAUCAACAUACGUACGCAGCCUCAAUGUUGGAAUCCUUAGGAAGCUGUCAGAUUUUAUUGAUCCUCAAGAAGGGUGGAAGAAAUUAGCAGUCGCUAUUAAAAAGCCCUCUGGAGAUGACAGAUACAAUCAGUUUCAUAUACGGAGAUUCGAAGCCUUACUUCAGACUGGAAAGAGCCCUACUUGUGAACUGCUGUUUGACUGGGGCACCACGAACUGCACAGUUGGUGAACUUGUAGAUCUUCUGGUCCAGGUUGAGCUGUUUGCCCCUGCCACUCUCCUGCUGCCGGAUGCUGUUCCCCAAAUCGCCAACAACCUACCUCCGAGAGAAGUGGCCACGGUGGCACAGACGCACAGGCCUUGCCAGGAAAAAGACAAGACAUCCAUAACACCUAUGCCAAAGUUAGAACACAGCUGCGAGCCGCCCGACUCCUCAAGUCCAGACAGUGAAAGUGUAGAAUCCAGCGAUACUCGGUUUCACGGUUUUUCAUUUUAUGAACUGAAGAGCAUCACAAAUAACUUCGAUGAGCGACCCGUGUCUGCCGGUGGCAACCGGAUGGGAGAGGGGGGAUUCGGAGUGGUGUACAAGGGCUGUGUGAACAACAGAACCGUGGCGGUGAAGAAGCUCGGAGCGAUGGUUGAAAUCAGUACUGAAGAACUAAAGCAACAGUUUGAUCAAGAAAUUAAAGUAAUGGCAAAGUGUCAGCACGAAAACCUGGUGGAGCUGCUUGGCUUCUCAAGCGACAGCAACAACCUGUGCCUAGUGUACGCUUACAUGCCCAAUGGUUCCUUGCUAGACAGACUGUCCUGCCUGGACGGCACUCCACCACUUUCCUGGCACAUGAGAUGCAGGAUCGCUCAGGGAGCGGCAAAUGGCAUCAGUUUUUUACAUGAAAAUCAUCAUAUCCAUAGAGAUAUUAAGAGUGCAAAUAUCUUACUAGACAAAGACUUUACUGCUAAAAUAUCUGACUUUGGGCUUGCACGGGCUUCAGGGAAACUAGCGCAGACAGUCAUGACCAGCCGAAUUGUGGGCACAACAGCGUAUAUGGCUCCGGAAGCUUUGCGAGGAGAAAUAACACCCAAAUCUGAUAUCUACAGCUUCGGUGUGGUUUUAUUAGAGCUGAUAACCGGACUUGCAGCUGUGGAUGAAAACCGUGAGCCUCAGCUACUGCUGGAUAUUAAAGAUGAGAUUGAAGAUGAAGAGAAGACAAUUGAAGAUUACACCGAUGAGAAGAUGAGUGAUGCGGAUCCUGCUUCCGUCGAAGCCAUGUACUCUACUGCUAGUCAGUGUCUGCAAGAGAAGAAAAACAGACGGCCAGACAUUGCAAAGGUUCAACAGCUACUACAAGAGAUGUGAUGUCUGCUUAAAACUAAUGAAGUAAACAUCUUUUUUGUUUUUAACUUCUCGUGGUCCUGGAGACCGAAAAAGCACUUUGACAUUGAGCUAGAUCACCUGCCUGUUGUUCAAGUUUGUUUUUUGUUUUCCUAAAUGUGUUUUAUCAACAAGGCAUCAUGGUGCAAUGAAUGUACUUGGUUAGUUAAUGAAUAUGUUGACAUGCAGCAAAAGUGAUGAUGGUUUCCUGGUAGCACUUGGCCCCGCCCACCUAGUAGGGAGUUCAUUUAGCACAGUAACAUCACCAAACUACAGUGAACUAAGGAUUCCGGAAAGCACUGUGCUAUACAGAAACAAUAGGGUUAUUUGGGGGCUGGGGGACAGUGAAAGACAGGAUUUCUCUGGGUAUCCCUGGAUGUCCUGGAACCUGCUCUGUAAACCAGGCUGGCCUUGAACUCAGCAGUCUACCUGUCUCUGCCUACUGCACGCUGGGAUUAAAAAUGCCACCACUGUCCAGCCUGGAAUCAUGGUUUGAAGCUCAGCUGACCCCAUAGUCAUUUCCUGUAAAGCUCUGGACCAGCUCUUAGCUGCCUUAAGCCUUAGUGCUGGUUUUCAGGUUUUGUUAUUAACUUCAUGUUCCUGUAAAUAGCUCCUCGCCAACAGUCCUGUAAGGAACCUCUCUCCACUGUUCCUAGAACCCUAACUCAAGUCAUCGGUUCAACAAUGUAGACAUGAGUGGAAUCUAUUCUUCUGCUGUUAUUGGGGUCCUAUUUUGAAUAAAUAGAUGUUCGAUUGUGUCCACCUCCCC